AUCAUAUUUAUUUUUCACGUCUGUUUUCAUAGUCGUAAAUUAAAGACAUGGCGAUACUGAGAUUCUACAAAAUUCCCGGCCUUCAGUCGGGGCAACGAAACAACAAACUGAACACCCUGAGAGAAAUUUCAAGUUCCGUUAAUGACUUGGAAACUGAAACCUGCUACAACAUUGAACUUACCCAGGAGCUUACCCAAGAUGAGAUUUCCAGAUUAAAAUGGAUCUUGGGCUCUCCUUUUUGGCCAGAUAACCUAUGGAGUACUUCCACCUUGAUCCAGGAUCCUCAGACCCUGCUUAUAGAAAUUGGCCCUAGGUUGAACUUCUCGACUGCGUUUUCGAGCAAUGCUGUAUCGAUAUGCAAAUCUGUUCAGCUGAACAAAGUGAGAAGAUUAGAAGUUUCGACGAGAUAUCUCGUUAAGCUUAAAUCAAUGCUAAAUGAAGAAACAGUAUCUGCAAUAGUUGAUGCGAUGCACGAUAAAAUGACUGAGUGUAGGUACCUGGAACCAAUAGAAACAUUUGAUCACGGUAUUAAGCCAAAAGGCUGGUAUGAGGUUGACAUUCUCAAGUACGGGAGAAAAGCCUUGGAGGAUGUGAACUCAGAGCUGGGUCUGGCUUUUGACGACUGGGAUUUGGAUUUCUAUGCAGAUCUGUUUGGUUCUAAGUUGAAACGUAAUCCAACAAGCGUAGAGUGCUUCGACCUUGCACAAUCUAACAGUGAGCACAGUCGCCAUUGGUUUUUCAAAGGCGAAAUGGUGGUGGAUGGUGAAAUGAAGAAAGAGUCUCUGAUCGACAUGAUUAUCGACACGCAGAAUUACUCAAACUCAAAUAACGUCAUCAAAUUCAGUGAUAAUAGUAGCGCAAUCAAGGGUUUCAACUUACGUACUCUUCGCCCUGAUAAAACCCAUGAGGCUAGCCACUUCCGUGUUGAUGAUGUUAAUCAGCAUAUAAUAUUCACUGCCGAAACACAUAAUUUUCCAACUGGCGUUGCUCCAUUUAGCGGGGCCACAACUGGUACUGGAGGACGUUUACGGGAUAUUCAAGGUGUCGGGAGAGGCGGCUAUUACAUUGCGGGUACUGCAGGAUAUUGUGUUGGAAAUCUUCACAUUCCAGGCUAUGAUUUGCCUUGGGAAGAAAAGAAUGUUUUGUAUCCUGCGAAUUUUGCUCACCCAUUGGAAAUUAUAAUAGAGGCUAGUAACGGCGCUUCUGAUUAUGGUAAUAAAUUUGGAGAACCAGUAAUAUCUGGGUUUGCCCGGUCAUUUGGGCUAGUUGAGGCUGAGGGUGGUCGUCGAGAAUGGAUUAAGCCUAUCAUGUUCAGUGGCGGGUUGGGAUCUAUGGAAGCAAACAUGACGGAGAAAUUACCAGCUGCAAAAGGAAUGCAAGUUAUUAAAAUUGGAGGCCCAGUAUACAGAAUUGGUGUUGGAGGUGGAGCCGCAAGCUCGGUUGAGGUCCAGGGAGACAACAAGUCAGAAUUGGACUUCGGUGCAGUACAAAGAGGAGAUGCAGAGAUGGAGCAAAAACUUAAUCGCCUUGUGAGGGCUUGUAUGGAAAUGGGAAACGACAAUCCAAUAUUGAGCAUACACGAUCAAGGAGCUGGAGGAAACGGAAAUGUAUUGAAGGAAUUGGUAGAGCCAGCAGGCGCUGUAAUAUUUACUAAAAAAUUUGAGCUAGGAGAUCCCAGCAUAAGUACUCUUGAAUUAUGGGGUGCAGAGUAUCAGGAAAAUGAUGCUAUAUUAUGCAAACCAGAACAUGUUAGUUUGUUGGAAAAAAUCGCGAUACGUGAACGGUGUCCGAUUAAUUUUGUUGGCACAGUUACUGGAAAUGGAAAAAUAGUACUAUCAGAGGAAGAUGACUGUGAUGCAUCUAAAUAUCUCAAUGGAGAGGCAACCACAAAUGUUAGGCAUCCUGUGGAUCUGGAACUCGAGCUUGUCUUGGGCAAAAUGCCGAAGAAGAUGUUCAAUCUUGACAAACACCAAGUAACUUCUAUCCCAAUCACUCUACCUGUUGGCUUGAGUGUCGAAGCUGCAUUGGAUCGAGUCUUAAGAUUACCAUCCGUUGCAAGUAAACGUUACUUGACCAAUAAAGUUGAUCGUUGCGUAACAGGUUUGAUUGCACAACAGCAGUGCGUAGGUCCGCUUCACACUCCUCUAGCUGAUGUAGCUGUUACAGCACUUUCACAUUUUUCCACAGUCGGCUCCGCAACUGCCAUAGGAGAACAGCCGAUAAAAGGCCUUGUUGAUGCGGCUGCUGGUGCAAGAAUGACAGUCGCAGAAUCUCUGACGAAUCUUGUAUUUGCUCGAAUAUCAGAACUUGCAGAUGUUAAAUGCAGUGGUAAUUGGAUGUGGGCUGCCAAGUUGCCAGGCGAAGGUGCAGCGCUAUAUGAAGCCUGUGUUGCUAUGUGCUCUGUAAUGAAGGAAUUGGGGAUAGCUGUUGAUGGGGGUAAAGAUUCUCUGAGCAUGGCUGCGCGAAUUGGAAAAGACGUAGUCAAGGCACCAGGAACACUAGUUGUUUCAUCCUAUGCACCAUGUCCUGACAUAAGACAGGUUAUUACUCCUGACUUGAAGGGUCCAUCCAUUAAAAUAAACGGAGCUCUCGUUUUUGUGGAUUUAUCCGCUGGAAAGAGCCGUAUAGGCGGCACAGCUCUGGCUCAAGUUUACAAACAAAUUGGUAACAACUGCCCAGAUUUCGAAGAUGCGGUAACUUUCAAGAAUGCAUUCAAUGCCAUACAGAAUUUAAUAAGAGAUCGCAAGCUCAUGUCAGGGCAUGAUGUAAGUGAUGGUGGUUUAAUUACGUGUUUAUUGGAGAUGAGUUUCGCUGGAAUAUCUGGCAUAGACGUAAAUAUCAACCACAAAUCAGGCUCCCCGAUUGAUGUUCUGUUUUCUGAAGAGCUGGGCUGGAUUUUGGAAGUUGAUCCCAUAAAUGUUGAUUAUGUUAUGAAAGUUUUUAAACGCGAUAAUGUUCCAGCUUAUAUUAUCGGAAACUCAAAGAGUUUCGGCCUGCGAUCAAAGGUGUCUGUAUCAGUCAACGAUAAAAUUGUACUCAAUUCUUCGGUAUUUCCUCUCAUGAAGAUUUGGGAGGAAACAAGUUACCGAUUGGAACUACGACAAGCCAACAUAGCUUGUGCUGAAGAAGAAUUCCUCAAACUUUCGACGAGGAGUUCACCGGCUUACAAACUCACAUUCGACCCUGCAGUUAGUCCAAUUAUCACUCAAAAGCAUAUAGCAUCUCCGUUCAAAGUUGCUGUGAUACGCGAAGAGGGCUCAAACGGGGACCGAGAAAUGUCUGCGUCUCUAAUACAAGCUGGCUUCGAAGUUUGGGAUGUGGUCAUGCAAGAUCUUUUGAAUAAUCAGCUAACACUGGACACAUUCAGAGGUGUCAUAUUCCCGGGUGGUUUCAGUUAUGCUGACGUACUUGGGUCAGCUAAAGGGUGGGCAGCAAGCCUUUUGUUCCAUCCCACUCUAAAGACACAACUACAAAAAUUUGUUGAGCGCGAAAAUACUUUCAGUUUGGGUGUAUGCAAUGGAUGUCAACUAAUGAGCUUACUAGGAUGGAUAGGCUGUCUAGAAAAUAAUGAUGGAAUCCCAGACGUUGUAUUGGAUCACAAUAAUUCUGAAAGGUUUGAGUGCCGAUGGAGUACUGUAAAAAUUGAAAAUUCUCCAUCUAUCAUGUUACAAGGAAUGGAAGGCAGUGUGUUUGGGGUUUGGGUAGCUCACGGCGAGGGAAGGUUCACAUUCCGAAAUCAGAAAAUUUUCAGGAAAUUAAAGGAACUGAAAUGUGUAGCUAUCAGGUACACGGAUGAUCAAGGUAUCCCAACUGAACAAUAUCCGCAAAAUCCGAAUGGCAGUAUUGAGGGAGUAGCUGGUGUUUGUUCGCUCAAUGGAAGGCAUUUAGCUAUGAUGCCUCAUCCAGAGAGGUGCACUCAAAUGUGGCAGUGGCCAUGGGCCCCAGUCUCUUGGAUGCAGAAGCAAUCACCGUGGGGACGUAUUUUUCAAAAUGCCUAUGCUUGGUGUCAAUCAGUCUAAAUUAAUACUAACUAUGUUAUCUUACAAUUAGAGAAGUAAGAUCUGUGUAUAUUAUUGAUAAGGCUGUUUGCAGAGCAAAUUUUCGUCAUGCAGACUCGAGUAGAUGAUUUCUUUUUCGUCCAACUUAACAAGUCGCAAUGAAACGGUUAACGAAUGCUGGCAGUUUAAUAAAAAUAUAUAUAUUAAUUCAUCUUUACUUUAAAAAACUGCUGAUAAAUGACAUAUGAAUACAUAGUAUAAUGAGUAUAAAAUAGAUAAUCUAUUGACUAACUUUCAGUUAAUAAUAAGUUUGUGAAUUCCAUAAAUAUAGUAUGUCGGUUGAUUAAAUGAUGGAGUUUAAUCACAUUUCCAGGUGAAUAUCACAGGUAAUUAGCUCAGAUCACAUAGUUGUAGUAUGUUUACUUUCUCAGUAGUGGCGGCGAUUAAAUAUUGCUUGUCAAGCUGAUCCAUUAUAUCUAACGCAAUUAUAGCUUGAUUAGCGACUACAAUUGAUUUGCAGUUCUUAGAACGAAAGUCCCAAGUAGUUAGUGACUCUGCAUUAUUGACGUAGUACAUGUGAACAGAACCUGCAAGUUUAAAUUCACAUCAUGUAAAACUGUGAAUUCCAUUGCAAAAAUUUAUCACUUUUUUUUAAAUUUUGUACAUACCAGAGUCUAAUCCUAGAACCAGUACAUCGGCAUAGAAAAGUAAUGCAGUUGGUGUUCCAUGAAGCUUUGAUAGAAUUUCGUACAUUACCCAGGGCUGACUGUUUACAGAGAUCCCCAAAAAACCGUUCACUAAAGGUAAAAAGGGACAAUGUAAGAUUAAAAUAUGAAUUUUAUGCAACACGAAAUGAACGGUAUAGGCAUAAAUCUUUUUAGAGUGAAAAUUGUUUACUUGUAAUACACAUGGCAGUCCAAGGUCUGAACACAUAGUAUUUUAAUACUCUAUCUGCAGGAGGUUCGACGUACUCCUCCUCCAUGUACGGAGCAUCAUUUCUGUUUACUUUAUAGUUGUAACCCAAAUCAGUCCAAAGAAAGGCCUGACGCAAAAAGGAAAAACUACAUUCAAUUUUUUGGUCAAUAUUGAAUAAGUAGGUUCAGCCAAACAUUUUUCGGUCAAACAUUCAGUUUCUUUUUAAUGUCUAUUAAGAAUUGAGCAAGUACUGCACCUCUUCACCAUCGGCUACUAAAGCAACAAUGGUGCCAUAUAGUUCAAGGAAAUCAUAAGAUUUUUCAAUACACUUGCUCCGGAUAAUCAGCUUGUUUUUCAUUGUGAUCCAAACACAUCCGUGGGUAGUACUAAGAAAUCAAGAGUAUCAUAAUAGUUUUAGAAAUUUUUUUAACGAGAUGUUUUUCAUCUGUUUACUUUUGACAUAUUUUACCUUAUUAAUCUCCCAUAUUUAGGAGCUGAAAUCACUUUUUUUAAUAGAAUAUCCCAUAACAUUACUCUGUGCAUGUUAGAAGCAGAGAUAGCAGCUAUCCGUGUAUCUGUAAGCAUACAAAACAUAGAAAACAAAGAUAAAAAACUACAAAAGAUAUCCAUAGCGUAAAUGAACGUAAUUCUCUACCAUCUCGUAAAAAUUGUACAUUUGAUACGUGUUCCAUUUGGUCAGCAAUAAAAAUUGGCUCAACUAUGGAUCUGUCAAUGUCAUAGAAAGCAAUGAAUCCUUCUGAGCUACCGACUGCCAGCAGACUUUCUGUACAGAAAAAUAGUUGAUUAACAAAUGCGGUGUAAAAUUUUUUACAUGUGGCUUGAUUCAAUCGCUAUCAAGGAAAAUACAGAAGGCC